AUGACUUCCAAAAAUGACAGUCCUCCACCCUACGAGGACACGGUGCACCAUCCUAAGUCUGGUAACUACCCCUACCAGCCGCAGCAUGGCUCCCAUCUUCCCCCACCUCCUUACAGCCCCAGUCCUGGCAUGUGCCUCGGCCCGCCCGGCUACCCACAGGCCAGCAUGUACGAGGGCCGUGGCUUCUCUCCAUCUGGGAUGCCCACCACAAUACCGACUCUGUCUGCUGGAGUGCCUGCAUCCAACCCAGGAGACAUGGAGGAUUUUAUCAGCGCCCAGUGGGAGAGCACAUCUAUUCGACAUUCUUUCAUCAGAAAGGUUUACUUAAUUUUAACAGCACAGCUUAUCGUCACCUUUUCCGUCGUUGCUGUCUUUACAUUCGUUGACCCAGUGAGACUGUUUGUCAUCAGAUACCCUGGCAUCUACUGGGCAUCUCUUGUGGUUUAUUUUGUGGUUUACUGCAUUCUCAUUUGCUGCAAAGAGCCGAGGAGGCGUUUCCCAUGGAACCUUGUGCUGCUGGGAGUAUUUACUCUCGCCUUGUCUUACAUGACUGGAACCAUUUCAAGCUAUUAUGACACCAAAGCAGUGUUCCUUGCCAUGGGAAUAACAGCGUUAGUUUGUAUAGCCGUGACAAUCUUCUGCUUCCAAACCAAGGUGGACUUCACCUCCUGCGGCGGGCUCCUCUGUAUUGCCGCCGUUUUGCUCAUGAUCAUUGGGAUUGUUACGGCCGUCGUGCUCUCCUUCCAAUAUGUCCCUUGGCUGCAUAUGCUCUACGCUGCAAUUGGAGCCAUCGUUUACACUCUGUUUCUAGUGUACAACACCCAGCUUCUUAUUGGAAACCGGGAGCUGGCCAUCAGCCCAGAGGAGUACAUCUACGGAGCGCUCUCCCUCUACGUUGACAUCGUUCACAUCUUCCUCUUCAUCCUUCAAGUCAGUGGAGCUGCAACCGACUGAGCCAGUGGUCAGAUUUGGGCUCACAGGAUGUCGUUUGUUGACAGACAUAAUGUAGUAAAUAUGUAAACAAGUGUGUAAAUCAGGACGCAUCAUUACUAUUUAUCAAAGCUCUCAGCUAUAGUGUAUAUAGAUUUAUUUUUAUGUCGGUAACACUGGAGCACUUUGCGUGGUAUGAACCAGGGCUGUAGGUGUGAAUGAAGAGAGACACUCGUGUUCUGUAUAGUUUAAUAUUUAUGUGCAUGUUAAACACUGUCUGAACUGUUACCCCUUGUUAAGAAUAAACCACCACCUCUGCCCCCAAAUGAUGGAGACAAAGCAAUUAAUAGUAUAAGAGCUUAUUUCUUUGUUUUUUUAUUCCUCUCAGUGUUUAAUUCUUGUAAUUUCUUACAAAACACCUGCUGGACAAAACAAUCAUUAGUCCGACGUCUGUGCUGGUAGUAGGAUGGACUAACAUCUGUAGAACAUUAGAAUUUUUUAACCUCUCCAUAGAAAAAAAA